ACGCCACAUUGAAAGCUUGCGACAUGCCGCAAAGCCGCUCAGUCGUGCGCCAGCUCUUGUGCGGGUGAUAUCGUUUUCUCGUUUUCUGGGCAUUCUCUGUGGUGUACCGUAACCGUGAGCACGAAAAAGCCCGCGUAGGCGUGGUGAACGCGUUGGCGCAUACGAACCACGCGGUUUUAACCGAGUAACGAUCAUCUUGUGUCCUCCUAAGGCUGCCGAAAGUUAGCGCGGCGCGCUUCUUCGUCCUCGAAAAUUGGAAUAGUCGAGGGUCACGUUUUGGUACUUGGACCAGUGUCAGAUCUCGGCCCGUCCGCACGGGAAAAUCCCCGGCUUGCCGCUCGAGGUCGUUCUCUCGUGGUAAAGUUUCACAGCGAUACGAUUGGCUCUCUGUUUUUCCGUGCACAACGUGUAAUCGAAUUACAAUCCGAAAUACGGGUAAAUUAUUCAAAGAAACCGAGAAUAAAAACAAACGGACACUCGGAUAUAAAUACAACGAUAAGGCGAAAGAAGGUGAUAGUAGAAUCGCGGAAAGAUAUAUCGUAUCUGUGAUGUGCGAGUGAGCAAUGGAGUCACCAGUCAUGUACGAUUCAGCGGCCCAUCAGGCUCAGGCCCACGGUGCGGCCGAUCUCAAGAAAUCUCAAGUACUCAACAACAAUAAUAACAACCAUCAGAACAACAACAACAACAACGCAGCGAACAACAAUAACUCUGCUCUGCAGGUGAAUCAUAAUCACAGUCAGCAGCAGAGCAGCUCGGUGGUGAGCAAGGUCUCGGCGAGCAAGGCUAGCCUUCACCAACAGUACGCGGAACAUUGCGCCGCAGCCGGUGAGCUGACAGACCUGAAUACGCCAGAGAUAUCGUUAGAUCUGCAACAUCUGAUCGAUGAUAGCCACUUCAACGACGGCCUGCUAGAUAUGUUAGGUGCUAACAACGGAGCCGUGAAACAUGUCAGAACGCCGGGUUAUCCACGUACCACGCUCGCGUACAUGCCGCAACCUGUCCACAGCGGAGCGAGCUAUCACCAGGGCAGCAACAGCUGUAGCGACAGCAACAGCUCGAGCUCCGAAUCGCCCAGCAUUAAAGAGGAACCGCUCGACCCGGCGGACUAUCGUCGUCACUGCCCGCAAUAUCCACCAGGCGGAUACAGCCCAGUUACAAACGGACCGUUCGCCAACGGAGCACCAACCUUCACAACUUUAACGCCGUCCACGGUACCUGGAGGGCAUCCCGGUGCACCGGUGCACCAACCACCGCCUCGGGGAGGACCGAUGAAGCCUGUGAUGGCGCAUCAACAUCACGCAAACACUGCCGCCGCUGUUGCCAGAAAACAGACCAAGGCCAUCGACAAAGCCAGCGACGAGUACAGAAGACGACGCGAAAGGAACAACAUCGCGGUGAGGAAAAGUCGCGAGAAGGCGAAGGUACGAUCGAGGGAAACCGAGGAGAAGGUGAAGCUACUGGUGAAAGACAACGACCUGCUCAAAAAAAGGAUCGAAUUGCUGACGGAGGAACUGAACGUUCUUAGGUCUCUGUUUAGCAGCGUCGGCGUGGUACCGGAACAGCUUCAUCGUGAGAUCUCGAGGCAUCUCGAUCAAUUCCAACAGCACGCGGUGGGGCCCAUGUAGCGCACGACAACGUCGUCGUUGAGUACCACGGUGGCAUCGUGCCGCCUUUAUUACGCCCUUCUCUCGUCCACCGGUAUCGGCCUUCGUCCCUUGCCUUUCGGGUCGAUUCCAUUGCGAAAGAGAGUCAUUUCGAAGCGACUUCCGUUUUCCGGGUUGCCUGAUGGUUCAGCUCCAUCCUUUCGCACCCGCGUCAUCCGGAUCUAAGUAAAAAAGAAUGUCCUGGAUCGACAUUCGUCGCGGACGUUACUGCGUCUUUUCUCGUUUCGUUCCACGGUAUGGAGAACGCGAGAUGUACACGUGCGUUUGUUCGACAGAAACGACACACGCAACUCGCGGACAGAA